AUUCGCAGUGUCUUUUGCAAUAAUUAGGGGGUAACCCAUUCCCCACUCAAAGAUGUAGAAAUUACUUACACCCUCUCUUUUGAUAGACUCUUAAAUUGGUACUUGUAGCACCUUCUAGUUACCAAAAGUAGAGAAAAGGUGUGUAUGUGUCAAAAAGAUAGGGUGUAAGUAUCAAUCCCAGAGUAAAAACAGAAGUCAGUUAUAAAGGUGCCAUCUGGAAAUCAGCCUCUUCAGCAUCAAUGUUGAGAGGUAUAAAUCCAUCAACCUUUUGCUUUUGAGUAACAAUCUUGUCUGAGGAACGGAUUUUGGAGGGAUUUCUGUGGAUCUAUUGUCAUUUCUGAUGACUUCUUGGAGUUGGAAUGGAUAAAUCUGAUCUGGGUCUUGUUGGGUUUUCUUUCUAAGGAUCGAAAUCCAUCAUUAAAUGGGUUUGGCGUUAGGAUCUUGUUUGGAAGAGGGAUUUUCUUUUAGAUUUCCGUCACUUCUGUGCUGAUUUUGGUUGACUGAGAAGAAUCUUCAGGUUGGAUAUAAAUUUUGGUGGGUCGCGUUGGGAAGGCGGUCUUUUUCAAUUUCUCAUCGAGAAUAAGCGUUUUCGGAUCGGGUCUUGUGAUUUUUCGUGCUGAAUUCUGGUGUUCAAGGUUUGAGAAUCACAAUUUUCGAUCUGGGUUUUUGUCGGUUUCCUUUUUUAGGAUGAAAUUCAUAGAGAAUUUCCAUCUUUAAUGAAGAUCUUCUCAGAAAAAAGCGGUAUCGGGGCGGUUUCUGUGGAAUUUUAGUGGAAUUCAAUAGUUUCCGUGCGACGGGUUAUGUGAAUUUGAGGUGGGUUUUCUCUAUAAGGUUCUUUAAAUGGCUGGAGAGGAAUUGAUUGAGCUCAAAUUCAGGCUUUUCGACGGUACCGAUAUUGGGCCAAACAAGUACGAUCCUGCCACCACCAUUGGAUCUCUCAAAGAAGUCAUCGUAAAUCGAUGGCCGCAAGACAAAGAAAAUGCUCCAAAAACGAUAAGCGAUGUGAAGCUCAUCAAUGCAGGUAAAAUACUGGAGAACAACAGGACUCUUGCUGAGUCAAGGGUGCCAGUCGGAGAGCUUCCGGGGGGAGUCAUCACCAUGCAUGUUGUUCUUAGGCCUCCCUUAUUGGACAAAAACAAUGAGAAGGUGCAAACAGACUCCCCGAAGAGCAGAUGUGCAUGCUCUAUUCUGUGACAGCAAGGAAUGGUUUGAUCUUCUCGUCCGCUCAAGUUCCCCGUCUUUUGUGUUUCAGUAGACUGGUUGUCGACCCCUUUGGGAGCCUUAUCUUUUCCCCUGCACCAACUUGGAAAGUGGGCCACAGUAAGCUUGGAGGUCGUCGAUUUCAACUGUAAUUUCAAUUAUGAGCUUAAAGAUCUCCUGCAUAGAACCCUGUGUUUCAUCCGAAUGGUAAUUCUCCAUUUGGUUUUGGGUUCAAUCGCCCACUCGUCAUACUAAAAAAAAAAACAAAAAAGGAAAAGAGGGAAACAAAGAGAACAUUCGUGAUGUGAUUGGUGUUUGGGAUUUGUAUAAAUGGGAUUCUGGUUUGAAGAUUGGCAGCCAAUUGCUUUGUUAUUCUCUUCUUAUGAUCGAACGUUUCAGCUG